CAAGGACGAGCGAAGCAGAACUUCCAUGGCGAUUAGGAUCAGUUCGGUGCGUCCCGCUAUCUUUGUCUUUGUCGGAUUUACACAACCGUUGUGGUGUUGUGUCUAAGGAUGGGUGGAGGGUCAAGUAAGCCGAAAGCAAAAGCUGCGCCGCCAGCAAUUUCCGACGUUGAUCGUGCCAUCUUGGACCUGAAGAAUGCCCGUGAUCGUCUACAGCGCUACCGGACCAAGCUGGAAGCGGACGACGCCAAGCUUUUGACACAGGCGAAAAAAGCCAAAGAUACUGGCAAAAGAGAGAGGGCUUUGGGAUUGCUGAGAUUACGCAAGUACAAGACACAACAAGCUAAAACAUGCGAAGACCAGCUUUUCAAUGUGCUCCAGAUGGUAGACACGAUAGAUUCGAAGCAGAACGAGACACAAAUGUUGUCCGCAUUGGCUGCUGGAAAAGAUACUCUGAAAAAGAUGCACGAGGAGACAACAGUAGAUGAUGUUUUGGACUUGAUGGAGGAAAUAAAGGAUGGAAUUGCUGUUGAGCAAGAAAUUACGGAGAUUCUACAGGGAGUUCCGGAAUUGUCAGCCGCGGACGAAGAUGCCGUGGAGGCCGAACUGGAAGCCCUGCAACGUGAAAUGGAAGGCGGUACACAAAGCGAUACUACGAAAAUUCCGGAAAUGCCAGUUGUCCCGACAUCGAAACUGCCCGAUGUUCAAGAACCGGUGCACGAAGCUGCCAAGGCCAAGCUUGCAAGGGUUGCAGUUCCGGGAUAGAAGCUUACUCUGGGUGCGCAAGUGUCUAAAUCAAUUCACUAUUGUUUAGAAUCACAGCUGAAGGUACCAGUAACUUUACUACUGGCGUGAUCCGUCUUUUGUUUGUGUCGUCCUUUUUUGCUAGGCUGUUCCUCACCACCCUGUACUUCUUCUCUUCGCUGCCGCUUCCUCUCGUCACGAGCAAUCAAAAUUUUGGCACGGGCAAUUUCUUCCUGGAUCAUUCCAUCUCCCCUCGUUUUCAUGUAUCGUUUACGCAGUGCCGUGUUGGCUUUCCGAGUGUCCACGUCCUUCUUGUCGCUGUAGCACGUUGUCGUACUCUCGGUCGAAUGCGGAACUUCUUCCGGGUUGACUUUCUUCUUGGCCAGCGCCUUCUUUUCUUUCUUGCGUUCGUCCCGUGCUAUCAGAACCAUGGCGCGCUCUCGAUCUGUCUCGGUCAUACCUUCUCCUUGAGUCUCAACGUAGCGCUGGCGCAACGCCUGAUUCGUUUCGAUGACGGCGGCGUCGGCCUGCGGCAGCCAAUGGGUGGGUUUGCUG